AUCCCCUUUUGAUGUUGUACUCCUUGGGAGAGGAGCUCACGUUAAUAAGAGUUGACCGGAGGAUAUUGUUGUUAUUUAAACCUUUGUCAGAAUAAACAGAGAUCGCCUCCAAAGAUAUCCUGGUCUGGGCCUCUUCCAAACACAACGCAGAAAAUGCCAGAAACUCACCGGUUACAUUUGAUCACAAUAAGGAAAAGCUUUAAUCAUUUUAUGACAAACCAUUCUACAACAUGCGAUUACCCUUUGUACUGUGCUUCCACGCUGUUUGGAUUGGAGUCAAGUUAAUUCAUAACUACUGAAAAUGACCCAAUGUAACUAUAAUAAAUAAUGUUCACAAGAAAACAAAUGGGACAAGACAAAUUAGCAUUAGGUGUUGAAAGCUGUACCGUUUGGAAACUAAUCAAUAUAUCUUGAAUAUCCAAUAUAUAUAUCCAAUAUAUCUUUAUCUUGAAAAUCAAGAUAAAGCAUUUGUAAUCAAUUCAGCAAAAGGCAGAUACUAGAAAGGUAUGUCUUGAAGUGAACUUUGACCGUAUAUAUGGCCAUGUUAUCACUAUAUAGGCACAGUCACAUAGACUGACUUAGCUCAGUUUCAUCUACCGACUAACACUGUGCUUCUACUAGAAGUCUGGUUGUACAUCAGCAUGAACAGGCGUAACUUGAAGAACGUGUUGGUGGUGUCCAUCGGGUUCCUCUCCCUGUUCACGGCGUAUGGUGGCCUUCAGAGUCUGCAGCCUGAAUGCAGAGGAGGGGAUGGGUGUGGCCUCGCUGAGCGUCAUCUAUGCCUCCAUCAUCAUCUCCUCCAUGUUCCUACCCCCCCUUAUGAUCAAGAACCUGGGUUGCAAAUGGACCAUUGUGGUCAGCAUGGCCUGCUAUGUGUCCUACUCUUUUGGAAACCUCUAUCCUGGAUGGUAUACACUCAUCCCCACGUCUGCAAUCCUGGGUUUGGGGGGCUCCCCCCUGUGGUCGGCUAAGUGCACUUACCUGACCAUCUCUGGCAACCUGCAGGCUUCCAUUGAUGGCAAGAAGGGUUCAGACGUUAUCAACUCAUACUUUGGCAUCUUCUUCUUCAUCUUCCAGUCGUCUGCGGUCUGGGGCAACCUCAUGUCUUCCCUUAUCUUUGGACAGGAUUCCAAUAAAACUUCCAUCUCAGAGGAGAUGUUGCAGUACUGCGGAGCAAACGUGUGUGAUGUAACCCUCUCCAACACCACCACCCCCAAACCAGAACAGGAGCUUGUCCAUAUACUGGUGGGAUGCUACAUUGGAGUUGGGAUACUGGCUAUGAUCAUAGUGGCGGUGUUCCUGGACAACAUUGACCAGGAACAGACCAGACAGUUCAGAGGAAACAGGGAGCCCUUCUGCCAGACUUUCCUUUCCACGUUCAGCCUGCUCAAAGACCGGAGGUUGUUAAUGUUGAUCCCACUCACCAUGUACAGUGGCUUCGAGCAGAGCUUCCUCUCCGGGGAGUACACUAAGAACUAUGUAACUUGUGCCUUGGGAAUACAUUAUGUUGGCUAUGCAAUGAUCUGCUUUGGAGCUACAAAUUCAGUGUGUUCCUUUGCCUUUGGAAAGCUGGCAGAGUACACAGGCAGAGCUCCACUUUUCUUCUUGGCGGCCCUGACAAACCUCUCCUGUAUCCUGGCUCUCUUGUUCUGGAAACCAGAUCCUGGCCAGCUGCCUCUGUUCUUCGUGUUCCCAGCUCUUUGGGGCAUGGCAGACGCCAUUUGGCAAACCCAAACAAACGCCCUCUACGGAGUCCUUUUUCCAAGGGCCAAGGAGGCAGCGUUCGCCAACUACCGCAUGUGGGAGUCUCUGGGCUUUGUCAUUGCCUUUGCCUACAGCACCUUCAUCUGUCUAGAGACCAAACUGUACAUCCUGCUCUCUGUCCUGCUGCUCACGGCUGUCACCUAUCCCGUUGUGGAGUAUGUAGAAAAGAAGAACCCCACCCCGCCCAUUGAAGAGGGUAUCUACUCAAACAACAAGGAAGCCAAAGAAGGUGGCUCAACAUUUAUAAUUGCUGAGUUGAGUCUUUAAAGAACACUUUGUUCUUUCUUAAUUAGGACCAAAUCAAGGUCCAAUCCCUGGAGGCCACAUUGUGUGUUCCCUAGCAACUGUAUUUUAAUAUCUUAAAAACACAGAUGUGUGACAUUAGACCUAUAUACCUUUUUUGUCUAGAUAUUACAGCUACGAACUUCAGAUUUCAUAACUUUUGUAUAUGUAUAAAUUGUAUGAUAAUAUUUGUGCUUGCUAUGUUAUAUAUUAUUAUAUAACGCAUACAACAGUUCACAACCCUGUUGGUUUUGUACUGUUUGUUUGUUGUUUUAU